GGGAUUGUCCUUCAUCCCCGCCCACGUGCACGGGAUUGCGUCCGGCAGGCGACACUCGCCGGGUGGGCAGGGUCUCCCCGCGGCCUUAUGAAAGCAGCUGUGAGGUCGAGGCUGUGAGGCGGGCACCCCGCCCCGGGCAGGGCGGCGGGUGAGCCUCAUAGGAGGUGGGGGGCCCCACGGGCUCGGCCCUCGGCAAAGCCAGCAGCGAGCAGACAGUUACUUACACAGGAAAUUUCAACACGGGUUUCCUCUCUACCGACCCUGCCUCCCAACCGUGGCUGCCGCUCGGAGGUGGACCCUGGAGAAUUUGCAUUUUGCAACGGCCAGGCCAUGCCCCCGCGAGACCUGCCGGAGCAGAACGGGACAGCCACGGAUCAUUCAGGGCACCUCUGUCCGCCCGGCCGGCUUGCAAAAUGAGGACUGCGGACUUCCCGACACCAGACGCUGAGGCACCGCAGUGGGCGGCCGUCUGAGACUUCAGGCCCGCGCGCGCGCGCGCGCAGCAGGUGCAGGAGCAGGAUGGAUAUGAACGUGACGCGUCCUGACAACGCCACCAUCCUGAUGCUGCGGGACCCGACCAUCGCCGUGGUGCUGCCCGUCGUGUACUCGCUGGUGGCGCUGGUCAGCAUCCCCGGCAACCUGUUCUCGCUGUGGGUGCUGUGCUGCCACAUCGGGCCCAAGUCGCCGUCGGUGAUCUUCAUGAUCAACCUGAGCGUCACGGACCUGAUGCUGGCGAGCGUGCUCCCUUUCCAGAUCUACUACCACUGCAACGGGAACCACUGGGUGUUCGGGGAGGUGCUCUGCAACGUGGUCACCGUGGCCUUCUACGCCAACAUGUACUCGUCCAUCCUCACCAUGACCUGCAUCAGCGUGGAGCGCUUCCUGGGCGUGGUGUACCCGUUGGCCUCCGCGCGCUGGCGCCGGCGACGUUACGCGGUGGCCGCGUGCGCCUGCGUCUGGCUCGUACUCCUGGGCGCGCUGUCCCCGCUGGCGCGCACCGACCUCACCUACACCGUGGAGGCGCUGGGCAUCGUCACCUGCUUCGACGUGCUCAAGUCCACCAUGCUGCCCAGCGUGGCCAUGUGGGCCAUGUUCCUCUUCACGCUGUUCAUCGUGCUCUUCUUCAUCCCGUUCGUGGUCACCGUGGCGUGCUACACGGCCACCAUCCUGACCCUGCUGCGCGCGGCCGACGUGCACGGCCGCGGCCAGCGACGCCGCGCCGUCAGCCUGGCCGCCGUGGUUCUGCUGGCCUUCGUCACCUGCUUCGCGCCCAACAACUUCGUCCUGCUGGUGCACGUGGUCAGCCGCCUCUUCCUGGGCGGCAGCUACUACCACGUGUACAAGCUCACGCUGUGCCUCAGCUGCCUCAACAACUGCCUGGACCCCUUCGUGUACUACUUCGCGUCCCGCGAGUUCCAGGCAAGGCUGAGCAGGUACUUGGGCUACGGGCGGCUGCCCGCCGGCGGCCGGGACGCGCACCGGGACGCCCUCUUCUCCACUCGGACGCUGUCGGCGCGCUCCAUGUCAAGCGGCCCCGGCGACGGGCUCGACGCGCCCAGCCGGCCCUCGCUCAGGAGGCAGGAGAGCGCGUUCUGAGCCGCGCGCCCCCCGCAGUGCGCGCGGUGGACAGGGGCGGGACGAAGGGGCGGUGCUCUUACCCGCCCGCCUGCCCCUGCAGACGCUGCUACUGCGUCCGUCCGUGCGCAUGGACAGGGUCCCCAGGGGGGCCGCUCAAAUGCGUCCGUGCGCAUGGACAGGGUCCCCAGGGGGGGCCGCUCAAAUGCGUCCGUGCGCAUGGACAGGGUCCCCAGCGGGGGCCGCUCAAAUGCGUCCGUGCGCAUGGACAGGGUCCCCAGCGGGGGCCGCUCAAAUGCGUCCGUGCGCAUGGACAGGGUCCCCAGGGGGGGCCGCUCAAAUGCGUCCGUGCGCAUGGACAGGGUCCCCAGGGGGGGCUCGAGUCGGGUGUCCCAACACGGCCGCAGGGCGCAGGGACGCACCGACACCGAACAGCCCGCGCUGCAACGGGACAGGACGCAGCGUGCCAGGCGCACUGGCCCUGCUCCCUGAGGAUCACCACCCAGCCUGACCAGGCAGAGCGCCCAGCCAGCCCAGCUGAGUCCCCAUCGACCCGCAACAUCCGCCUGCCCGGUUCUCUGUGCCUCUCGCUCGGGGACGCUGCUAACACCUGAUGCUCCCCAGCCUGGCACAGCCUGUACUUGGUGCUCACACUGCCCUCGGUCACUGAGUGCGCUGGGAUUCACCCCCGCGAGGCUGCAUGGGCCCCUUUGGCCUCUGUGCUGUGGGAGCUCACAGGCUUACCCCACCCCCCAGCCCAUGUCACCUGGUCCCCCCAGGAACAAACGUUGCAAGGGCCUCCAAAGGGGUUGGUCACUCGGGUUCCUCGACUCUCACGUUCUACAACAUGUCACAAUGUCCAGAUGGGAACGACAUCCGUGCAGGAGAGGAGGGUCGGGCCCCCCACGCGGGAGGAGGGUCUCCAGGCAGAUGAGACUCUGCUGAGGCCGAGUUCUGUGAGGGACGAUGCUGUCAGCACCUGCAACCGGGCUCUCCCUGACAUGAUUCGGGGUGCAGCUUGCCCCGAGGUGCCCCCCGGCUGGGUCUCUGCAUCCUGCUCCCAGCGGAGAACCCUGAGUCACAGGCAAGGCCUCCCACGGUGUGAGGUUGGCCUCGUGCACCUGGCCUGACCCAGGCACCCAGCAAGACGGCGGACCUCACAAGCCUGUGGGAAGACCAGCGCCCAAGGCCCCUUUGUGCCUACUGGCCGCCUGAGCACACGGGCAGGGGCUUCCUUGUCUCUUCCUGAGCGCAGGACACAGCCGUGCCAGCCCCAAUAUGCAUAGUGCUUCAGGAAGACAAGCAACCGCAUCCCCGCGGGGUCCGGGAUGCCAAAACAGUGCGUUUCCAGGAGCCUGCGAUUUGCCUGAAACAGCAGUUUCUGAUGCUUUCUUCAUCACAAGGGGAUGCACGGCUUCGGGCUCAGGGGCCUUCAGGGGCAACGGCUGCGGGGCAGGCAGCCUCCCCACAGGAGGUCCGAGAUACAGAUGGAGAUUGAUAGCUGCCGUCCAGGGGCCCCUGGGGGCAUCUGCUCCUGCCAUCACUGCUGUGGAAGGAAAACAGACACACCUGUCCUAGAGUGAAUAGUGACCCCAAACCCAUGUCCACCCAGGACCUUGGGAUGUGAUCUCCUGGAUCGGGGUGGCCCUAAAUCCAAUGGCAGGUGUGCUUAUAAAAGACAGAAGAGGAGACAGAGAUACAGAGGAGAAGCCACGUGAAGAGAUGGGGGGGAACGCGGCCACCAGCCCAGGGACACCUGGAGCCCCAGAAGCUGGGAGGCAGGAAGGACCCUCCCCUGGAGCCUCCUCUGGAGGGAGCUUGGCCCUGCCCCGCCUGGAUCUCAGCAUCCCCUCCGACUCUGGGAUGAAUCCCCUGUGGAUUUAAGUCUCCAGCUUGCACAGAGAAGGCCGGAGUCCCAGCUGGAACUCUCACCCACGGGCUCCUCAGUCCUCAACACCACGUGGCCGAGAGGUGACCUCUCCCCUUGUCGAUGCACACAGUGACGUGCACGCGUGGAAUCUGAAAAUGAUGCAGGUGGCCACCCUUCACAGAGGCGCCCGCUGCGCACAGUAACUGGAGAGGCACGCACGGUUCCGGCUUCCUGUUACGUGCUGUGGACCCCAGAGGUCAGUGUAUAAACUGUGGACCCUGAUACCAGCCUGGGGGGCUCCAGGCCCCCUUCCCUGUGCAUGGUCCUAGAAUCAAACUCGGGUUCCUAGCUUUGCCCGGUGCCCAUGCAUGUCUGGUGAGGGCAGAGGCACGUGCAGGUGGAAAGUAGGUGAGUGCAUGCUACGCUUGCCCUUGGGAACUGUGAGAGUCAGCCUUGGGGGUCCCCCUCGACACCCCCCACGCCACGCCGGGGUCGCAUAUCAUCAUUGCCCUCCGCCUUGCAGCUAGAAUGUCCCCACAGGGGACAGUGUCCAAGCAUACUGGUCCCGAAUGCCCAGCUGUGUGCACCGAGUUCAGAGCCACCAUAGGGACCCUUCAGAGAGACCCCUUGAGACUUACCUGGCGAAGGAUUUACCUGGGGGAGGCACAGGUGACUCCAAGAAGGCUGGCAUCAAGGACCCGAAUUCUGCAGGGAAGGAGCCACAUCCCCCUAUCUCUUCCUGACUCUCCCAAACCCAAACCCUAGAAAGCAAUGUCGAGGCAGUAGGAUCCAGACUCGGAAAUCCUGAGCCAGCAAGACACCCCCACCCACACUCUGGGCGUGGGCCUCGGUGCGUCUGAUGCACAAAAGCUGUGAAAACCUCAAACCAGCCGCACAGAACACCUCGGCGGCCCGUGAGGAGCCUCACACCUUGAUUCUGGAGGAAGCCUGUCUACAUAAUAUCCUCCUCCACAAGAUGUCAGGCCCCUGGAGCCCUCGGGUGACAGAGGGGACUGUCUCCGGUGUCACUGUCCAGUAAACGGGCAGCGCCUCAGCAUGGGACGUUAGCGGAGCGGGGGUGGGGGGGGAAGGGAAGCAGUCCCACGGGGUCUUUCCCGUUGCUGGGGAUCCCAACGCACAGGUCCCAGCUUCAUGCCACGGUGUCUGUCCUAGGGCCUGAAAUGCCAGGACUGGUCUUGCUUCCAGUUCAACACGCGAAUAGUGUAGUGUGCUGUGUCUGUCUCUGUGUGUGCGUUCCCCAGAAACUCAAGCUGUUCACCUGCUAAGUAGCAAAUAAAAGUAUACACGUGUGUGGGUACGUACGGAUGUGAACUUCUUCAAAAGAUGUGAUACUGGGAUUCAGCUCCUGGCUGCACGUGGAGAGGCAGGGGCACCCCGAGACUUAUGAUCCUUGAUGCCAACCCUGAUUUUUCCCCGUGCAGAAGGUGAACGCAUUGCUCAUUCUGACCUCUGAGCCCCCUGCUUUCCAAAGACAUGUCCCAUCUUGCUUUGAAUCGCACAUGCCCUCCAGCCAGCCCCCGGGAUCUUCAAUGCCAACACUCUCCACAGAGGGUGGAAUCAGGUUACUUGGAAGCACACGGCAUGAAUCAGGGCAGCACAACACGGAUGGGGCUUGGGGAGUAAUCACGGAUUUGUUGCCCCGGAUGAUGGGGCUUUAAAAAGACAUCCUUUUUUUGUAAGAGAUACAUGUGUAAAUAUUCAUGUGUCUAAUGAUAUGAUGAUUGAUGCUUGGAUUAAAAUACCACAGCAAACACAUGCAUACUCACACAUACAUGCAUGCAUGCACACACAUGUACCCAUAUUCACGCAGGUAUGCGGGCAUCCAUCACGCACAAAUGCACACAAUGUACCCAUGUGCAUGCAUGCCGGCAUCCAUC